CUAAAGCAGCCCCCAUCACACACACGUUUUCUUUGAAGCAGAGCAGCACUCUGAGCAGAGCAGCAAUGGCAGCACCCACUCAUUUCCUUCGUUUACUUGUCAUAUUCUUGGGACUUCACUACAACCUUCUCUCUUCCAAUGCUGUCCCAUCUUCGAGAAGUGUCAGCCUCAUGCAUGCAUCCAAUCAACAUCUUCAAGUUUCAAGCAACACCCACAUGGUGAUUGCAAACCAAGAAAAAGUGAGGCAUGGAAGAAUGAGUGUGGAACUAAAUGACUAUCCAGGAUCCGGAGCCAACAAUCGUCACACACCAGGGCCACAGUUUAGAGGCUGUGCUGAUUGUUGAUUAUUGGUUGGGUUUUAUUAUAUGAUAUGAAAGCUUACAAAGAUCUACAAGUUGGGUUUAGAACCUUAGUAGUUUAUUAGGCAAUAUGGAUUGUUUAGUUUAUGGGUCUCUCUCUGCCUGAAACAUCUCAAAACAUUUUCCUUGUGUAACUUUGAGGCUUUGUAGUGAGUGGAGAAGGUGGAUGCACUGGUUGAGUGCAACAUACCCAAUAUCCACCACAAUCAAUUUAAUUGGCUGCGAAUUUCAAUACCAAAGCAGCACUAAAGUGG